GAAUAAAGAAGGGAGUAGUGAUGUAUCAGCGUGAGUGGUUACUCUUUGAGGCUCAUUUGGCCUUUCCCCCACCUCUUUCUUCAACCGAGGGGAGCUGGUCCCCACCUUAAGGGGGCCGAUGCCAUCACCAGUUCCCCUGCCUCGUUUCUUUCCCAGAGAAUUUUCUCCUUCAGUGGAUUUGCGGCCCUGCAGCAGCCCUCUGGAGCUCCCAAGGAAGGGGGGGAAGCUAUUUUUAGAGGGAACUCCCUCCCCAAGGGCUCGACGGCUACCCCGGAGACUGGCCUGGUGCUCCAUAGACUGGGAACAGAUACGUUUCCUGCAGAAGCUGGGGGCCGGGGGGUUUGGCUCCGUCUAUAAGGGCACCUACCGAGGGCUUACCGUCGCCAUAAAGCAAGUGAAGAAGUGCAGCAAGAACCGGCUGGCUUCGCGACAAAGCUUCUGGGCCGAGCUCAACGUGGCCCGGCUGUGCCACAAAAAUGUGGUGCGGGUUGUAGCCGCCAGCACUUGCACUCCUGCGGGCUACGACAGCCUGGGGACCAUCAUCAUGGAGUAUGGUGGCCACACGACCCUGCACGACGUCAUCUACGGGGCUAGCUCAGCAACCGACGAUGAGGAGCCCGGAGUCGGGGAGCUCUCGGACCUGGGAAGAUGCCUCCAGUAUUCGCUCGACGUGGUCAGUGGUCUGCUUUUCCUCCACUCUCAAGGCAUCGUCCACUUGGAUCUGAAGCCGGCCAACAUCUUUAUCGGGGAGCAUGAAAUCUGCAAAAUUGGGGACUUCGGGUGUUCCCAAAGGCUGGAAGAUCUGCUGGGCUUGAGCGCCCACCAUUGCCAUCUGGGCGGCACAUACACACAUCGGGCCCCGGAGAUCCUCAAAGGAGAGGCGGUGACUGGCAAAGCAGACGUCUAUUCCUUUGCCAUCACGCUCUGGCAAAUGGUCACAAAGGAGGUGCCUUAUUCAGGUGAGCACCAGUACAUCCUGUAUGCGGUGGUGGCCUAUAACCUCCGGCCACCGCUCACAUCCCCGGUCUUCGCCGACUCCAUACCUGGCCCAAGACUGGAACACAUUAUCCGACGCUGCUGGACUGCUGACACUUUGCUCAGACCCAGCUCAGAACUGCUCCUGGGUGAUCUCAAUUCCUUGCACGCUAACUUGGCAGGCUUGAAUGCUAGAAGUUAAGUCAACAAAAAGCUUUCCUAUGUGUCUGCUUAUUUCUGUGUUUUCUCUUUCUCUUCCCUUGCUUCCAUGUG